AUGGCCGUGACUUUCCUAAGCUUCCAUUCGGUCGUGUCUCGGGCAGUCCGACGAAGCAACUUGAUGAAGAAAUGUCAGACAACAACAUACCGAAAGUUCUCCAGUGACGCUCAGAUCCGCGAAGACUUCUACUGGUGGCCAACCUACUUUUCCAGAGACGAACAACGGGCAUUACUGUCCGCUUCUCUGUUCAAACUAGACGGCAUGGAGAACAGGCGAAUGCGCAAAAAACGUGAGGCGUACUGGGCUUCCCUCGGCGUCCCGAAUUCCGAGAUUAUUAAGCAUUUUGCUCCUGAUGAAAUGUACGAUUUUGCGGAGGCGAGUUCUCUCAAUCUUCAAGGCGCCUUCGUUCAAUCAUCUGUUGUUCCUUUAAAGGGUCAUUUCGACGGAGUCAUUCACCACUACCGGGAAAUGCAUCUCUCAUCCUGGCCAGUAGAAAGAUACCCGGAAUUGCAGCGUAUCUUAGAUCGCUUGUAUUCCUUAUGUCCUACACAGGAUGUCCAGACGCAUAUUUUGCACCUAGCAUCUUACGGGGACAUAUUGCCCCACGUCGACAAUUUGGAUGCAAGUGGAUCGUGGAUUCUUGGAGUGAGUCUCGGUGACGAGCGGCUACUCCGAUUAGAGAGCUCGAAUCGUUCUGCUGAGGACUUCUGCCUGAGCCUUCCCUCAGGGAGUGUGUAUCUGCAACGGUUAGUUCCACAAUUUCACGCCAUUGGCCUCACGGCUAAAGCUUAA